AUGACUGGCCAGGAUAAUGCUGCCAGUCAAUCUUACCUCAGUCGGUUGUCACCAUGGAGCAAGAGUCCCGUCGUACCCCCAAGCAAAGGCAAGGAAGGCGAGCCAGAGCCUACGCUUCAGCAGCAGAAGGGCGCGGACCACGCAGUAACACACAAGCAUCGUCUCAGUCUUCGCAGAUACCCAAGGGAUUGUCCACCUGUGAGACCGUGCUGGUUUCAUGCUGUUGACAUACCGAAGCGCAGACCACACCCUGCUGCGGUUGACAGGGCGGAGGAGAAGCCUGCUGCUCAGCCCAAGAAGUAUGCUGCCUUCUCCAUAACCGAUUCGAAAGCUAUAGAGGCAGCUUUCCAACGAUUGAUCGACGAGGAGGACGACGGUGUACGGACAAGUCUUGAGCAGCGGCAGGGUGGUGGGCCAGGGCAGGCCUUCGGGGGGGAGAGAAGCGAUGGCAAGCCCAACACUAGUCUGCACGAGACUGGAAGGGCGGUCAAAGUGCCUGUGAACGAGGACUAUUUGUUUGACGUGGACGUAGGAGAACGAGAGCUAGCUCCUGCGUACUGGCUCGGACCGGUCUACAACGUUCGAAGAGGCACGUGGUUCUACCAGGAUGGUGCCACUCAACGCCCUUGUGACGAGAAUCUGGCAGCACAGCUCGAGGAAGGAUAUCUGAAGGUAAAGGCUUGGAGGCUACCUACUGUUCAAGCAGCACAAGCGGCAGCCCAGAAGCCGAGAUCUGUCUCUCAAGGACGAGCGAGGCCAGUAUCAUGGACACCUGGGCAGGAGACCACGACGGUCCGCAAGCCGUCUGCUUCAACAAACAUUACACCACAUGCCUCUUCACAUGAUCUGCGAGCACAGGCAGCCGAGCAGGCUACAAGACCUCCACGAAGUGAUGCGCCGAUAGAGACAGGGCAGACUGAGCAAUCGCAGAACACUUACAGACUAUUUGGCGCGCAUAUGAGCUCUGUCGUCACCUAUCAAGAUGACAAAACUGCAUGGCUACUGACAGACGACUUCAUGUCGCGAAUGAACUAUAGUAUGUAUCAGCGUUUUGCCGGCGGUGGACACUUCGCAGGCAUGAAAAUGACUCGAGGCUACAUCAAUCCCGAGACGAAACUACCAGAAAAGGAUGGCAAGACGGACACCAAGAACGACCCGGCGAAUCCUCUCUACAGAGACAUAUCAGAAACGGAAGGCCAGGCUGCAGAUGGAGACACCACAUCGCCACGUCCAAGUCAGUCAGAGACCCGCCGCCAGACACUCCAACGCCACAUGUCAUCUCUGCUCGAAUCUCCAGCCCAGGAUGACCCAGAACUCCAAGACGAAGAAGUCCGCCGUCGCGAUGAGCGCGAAAUUGAGGACGACUAUCGCGAAGCUGAAGGUGAGGAACAAGGUCGUGAGAUCGAGCACCUGAUUCUCGUCACGCACGGCAUCGGACAACGCCUGGGCUUGCGCCUCGAGAGUGUUAACUUCGUGCAUGAUGUGAAUACUUUACGAAAGACUCUCAAAGCAGUCUAUGCUGAAUCACCGGAUUUGCGUGCUCUGAACGCCGAGCUGGGCGAUACCGAGCACGUCAACUCUCGUGUGCAGGUCUUACCUAUCUGCUGGCGCCAUCUCCUCGAUUUCCCAAAACAUAGUCUCAAGCAGAACCGCAAACGCAGUAGCAACAAGGAGCAGGAUCUAGCAGAUACAGACGAUGUCGACGACGAAGAGUACCCAAGUCUAGAAGAUCUCACCGUGGACGGGGUACCUGCCGUGCGCAAUCUCAUCACCGACCUAGCACUGGACAUCUUGCUCUACCAGUCACCAGCCUACAAAGACCACAUCUCACGCAUCGUGCUGGAAGAAUGCAACAGGAUCUACCACCUCUUCAUCGAGCGCAACCCGAAUUUCAACGGCAAGAUCUCACUCAUUGGCCACUCCUUGGGCUCAGCAAUCAUGUUCGAUAUCCUAUGCCGACAGGGUAACGCAGUAGUCCCAAAAUCUCGACGAAACGACCCAGAGAAUCUGAGACUAGACUUCGAAGUCGAAGAUUUCUAUGCAUUGGGCUCGCCCAUUGGCCUCUUUUCCAUGCUGAAGGGCCGGAAAAUCUCGGCACGCGAAGGCAUGGAUGCUGCGCGCAGGAGGGCGAUGACGAGUAGUACGGAAGAUCCUAUGCUUGAUGCUCCGCCGAGGAAAGCGAGUACGUAUGUGGGGAGUUCGCAGGAUUCUUGCUCGGACAUCCUGAGUUCGAGUCCGAAAUGCUCGCAGAUCUUCAAUAUCUUCCACCCAACUGACCCGAUCUCCUACCGCAUCGAACCGCUCAUCUCACCAGCCAUGGCAAGUCUGAAGCCACAACCACUUCCUUACACCAAACGUGGUAUUUUCGGGGCUCCCAUGGGUCAAGGCCUUACCGGUAUUGGCGCUCGCGUCAGCCAGAGCGUGUCGAGUAUGUGGUCGAGCAUGGCCUCAAGCCUCCUCACACGAGGCCUAGGCUAUUCUGGUACUGAGCCAUUGCCUCUUCCUACCGGUCAAGCCGGCGGAGCUAAAAGUAGUGGACCGCUUUCCAUGAGCCAGGGGGCUGGUACUAACGUCGCUGCUGGUGUUGUCGGGGGUGCGCUAGCUGCGCCAGAGGUACCAGAAAUCACACCUGUAUCUGGUGAUUUACAGGAAAAGCUUGCCUCUGAUGCUCUGGCAGCCGGAGAGCGUGGCCAGCACCCGCCUACGCUGAUCGAUGCUGAACUAGAGACACUCUAUGGUGGAUAUCAGAAACGCCGAAAGUCGGUACAGUCAGAUGCCGAGACUCGCGACCUUGCUGCCGCGGUGGGCAGUGAAGAGUGGCGGGAAGCCGAAGAGCGAGCACGGAAGCUGAGACGUGAGGAGGAGAAAGUGAGGAGGCUGAACAGUAAUGGCCGCGUGGACUAUGCGAUUCAGGAAGGCGUCUUUGACAUCAAUCUGAUCGCGGCCAUCGCCAGCCAUCUGUCGUAUUGGAGCGACGAGGAUGUUUCGCAUUUUGUGAUCUCGCAGCUGUUGAGUCGGCAUCGAGUGGUCAAGAAGGACAGCAGAGGUGAUGCGGCGAAAAUGGGCUGA